GAAGCAUAAUUCACCCUACCCUUCGUAGGGUUCCUCUCUCUCUCUCUCUCUCUCUCUCUCUCUCUCUCUCUCUCUCUCUCUCUCUCUCUCAAAAAUCCAAGCCCAUUUCAUUCUUUCUUCGAUUCUUCAAUCUCAUUCAUUUAUAACCUAAUCACAAUCUUCUAUAUACCUCACAAACUCUCACCAAUUCUUCACCGCUUUCGUUUUUCUCUGUCACCUUCCAUUGUUUUAUGGAUGGAUUUCUCUACUGUUGCUGGGGCUGAUUCUAUUGCUGCUCCCAACACCAAAGAUCUUAAUCUAUUGGAAAAUGUCACCAAAGAUGGUGCAUUAUUUGAUGCAUCACAAUAUGCAUUCUUUGGUAAAGAUGUUGCUGAGGAAGUUGAGUUGGGGGGGUUAGAUGAUGAGAAAGAUUAUACCCCUUCUUUUGAGUUCAACGAGGAGGAGUUUUUUCACAAUGCAGAAGAGGCGGAUGAUGUAAGAUCUCCUUUUGAUGUUGAUGAUCUCACUACCACUUUUAUGAAGCUGAACAAAAUUGUUAGUGGACCUAAAAGUGCAGGAGUUAUUGGUGAUCGGCUGUCAAGAGAAAAUUCCUCUGCUUCUGAAUGGUCACAGAGGGAUGAUUUUUCCUACUGGGCUGACCAUCACACUUAUGACAGUGAGGGUUCUCAGGAUGCUAAAAGAUGGUCAUCACAUCCACAUUCUUCUAUCACUCAUCUACAAGAGUCAAAGCCCUUAUACAGAACAUCGUCAUUUCCUGAGCAGCAACGGCAGCUGCAACACCAACUCCAGCAUCGCUCUAGUGAACCUGUUCCUAACUGGUUUGAUCAGCAGUUUUAUGAUAUUCAAACUGCUGAUGAUGAUAAGAGAUGGUCAUCGCAUCCACAUUCCUCCAUUUCACACAUAGAAGGACCGAAGCCCUUGUAUAGAACAUCAUCUCAUCCUGACAAGCGACAAGAGCUUCCUCGUUUUUCGAGUGAGCCAACUUUGGCACCAAAAUCUUCAUUUACUUCUUAUCCUCCCCCUGGUGGUAGGUCUCAUCAAUUGGCUCCAAAUCACAGUACAGGCCAGUUGAACCUUCCUUUUUCUGGGGGAGCUCACAUGACAUUGCCAUCACAAAAUCGCUCUAAUUUAUUCAAUUCUUCAUUACACCUGGGUGGAUCAAAAUAUGAGCCACAUUUUAGUGGCAAUUUGGCUCAAUUUAAUACUGGUUCUCCGCUCAAUAAUCGAAUCCAGAAUCAAUGGGUCAACCAAACAGGUUUGUAUCCCGGAGAUAAUUCAAACCUCCUGAAUAAUAUGUUGCAGCAACAACUAUACCAUAAUAAUGGAUCCGUGUCUCCCCAUUUACUGAGUCAGUUGCAGCAACAGCAGCACAGAUUGCAUCAUCCUGUUCAGCAGUCAGCAGGCCUAAUAUCAGGUUUACAGCCUCAUUUAUUUAAUCACCAUCUUUCGUCUGGAUCAUCAAUAGGUAGAAAAUAUGAACAUGUGCUUGGUGAUGUUAGAGAGCAUAGACAAAAAUCAACUCGCAGACAUCGGUUCUCUCAACAGGCUUCUAAUGCCAGUAGCCAGAAGAUCGAUAGUGGUUCAUCAUUACAGUUCAGGUCCAAGUAUAUGACUAGCGAUGAAAUUGAGAGUAUUCUUAAAAUGCAGCUUGCUGCUGUGACUCACUGCAAUGACCCCUACAUUGAUGACUAUUAUCACCAAGCUCGUCUUGCAAAACAACCUUCUGAGGUUAAAUUUAAACUUUCAUUUUGCCCAACCAAAAUAAAGGAUGUUUCUUCACGAGCCCGGGCCAAUACUGAGCCACACGGUUUUCUUCAGGUUGACGCAUUAGGGAGGGUUUCAUAUGUGCCCAUUCGUCAGCCUCGCCCUCUUCUUGAAGUUGAUCCUCCAAACUCCUCUGCUAGUGGUGGCUCUGAGCGAAUUAUUUCAGAGAAGUCCCUUGAGCAAGAGCCUUUGUUUGCAGCCAGAAUCACAAUUGAGGAUGGUCUCUGUCUUCUUCUUGAUGUAGACGAUAUUGAUCGUUUCCUUCAGUGCAAUCUGCUACAAGAUGGUGGAACUCAAUUCUUACGAAGAAGGAAUGUCCUUUUGGAAGGAUUAGCAACAUCACUUCAUCUCGUGGACCCACUGGGAAAGAAUGGACACAAAGCUGGGCUUGCUGCUAAGGAUGACCUUGUUUUCUUACGAUUAGCAUCUAUUUCGAAGGGACGGAAGCUCCUAGCGAAGUAUCUUCGGUUGCUUGCUCCUGGUAGUGAGCUUAUGCGGAUUGGCUGCAUGGCUAUAUUUCGUCAUUUAAGAUUCUUAUUUGGCAGUAUCCCCCCUGAUUCAGCAGCAGCAGAGACUACAAGUGAUCUUGCUAUGGUUGUUUGUCAGUGUGUCCAAGGAAUGGAUCUUGGUUCUCUGGGUGCUUGUCUUGCAGCAGUGGUUUGUUCAUCGGAGCAGCCUCCUCUGCGUCCCCUUGGAAGUCCUGCUGGAGAUAGUGCUUCCCUUGUUUUAGUAUCUGUUCUUAAAAGCGCUACUGAUCUUCUAACUGAUCCUCAUGCUGCUUCUAACAAUAAAUUGGGUAAUCGAACAUUUUGGCAGGCCUCAUUUGAUGAAUUUUUUGGCCUCCUCACAAAGUAUUGCAUGAAUAAGUACCAGAAUAUCAUGCAAUCACGGGAACAAAAUGUGGCUGCACUUGGAUCUGAUGCUGAUAACGCAGGUAGUAAGGAAAUGCCUGUCGACCUCUUACGUGCAAGUCUUCCUCACACCAAUGACCGCCAGAGAAAGUUAUUACUAGAUUUUGCUCAGCGCUCUGCACCUGUGGUUGGAUUUAACAGCUAUGCUGGGAGCAGUAGUAGUCAUGUGAACUCGGAGACGGUGCUUAGUUGAUAGUGUAGAGAUUUCUUCUGAUGAUAAUGGUUUUUGGGAUUAAUGUCACAUACCUUGCAUCUGUGGCGGCGAUACAAUACUGAUGAUUCCAUGAGAAUGUGUUGGCAUUUGUGAUAUAUUUACUCUGAGGCUCUUCAUAUAUCAUGAAAUACUCAGCUUGAUUUGUUCCUCAUGUCUUUUAUUUUAUUUAUGACGGGGGAGCUUAUUUUAUUACUCCAUGUGGCUGGUAGACAUACUAGUGUACAGGUUUAGGCAGAUAUUUGAUUCCCAUGUUCCCUUUCAAUUGGGUUAUAUUCAAAUCUACUUAUGAUGAUGAUAGGCAACCAUUGCCCUAGCCUAGGGGUUCAAUGGGAAACAUGUUGACCAGUUGGUGGUGGUGCUGAAAUACAUAGGAGGAACUAGCAUAGUUUCUAAAACUUUUAUUUUAUAGAUUAUUUAUCUUCGCUCAAUGAGAGAGACCGUUUAGUUUUAUCCAAGUAUUUUUCGACACAUUUUUAUGUAGUUUGUUUCGAGAUAUAUUGCAUGCAAUAGUAGUAUGAUGAGUUAACCA